GUCUUUCUUUGAGCUGUUUACUGUCCGUUCAUGCUUUAUAUGGCAUGAAAUCUAGUUAUCUACUCGUGCUCAUAAAGGGCCGGGCAUCAUUUUGUCCUUAAAGGCACUCACAGAACAAGCUACAGCAUGUCUAAGUUGCUCAUCUACUAUACGGAGUGCAUACAUCGAACUUCGCAGGUCGUCACAACAUUGGUUGCUACGUUUCCCGUAGGCGAGACAUUUUUAAGGCUUCCGUAUAGUGAGUGAUUGCUAUACAUUCAUCCUCGGUCACCCAGAAUUUUCGGACUCGGUAAUCUUGCAUCUAUCCAGUUAAGGGGUCAACGGAUGCAAAGGGUAUAUGAAUGCUUCAAGUCGGAUCGGACGCACUUGUGGUGCACAUCGGACUCGUAGUGCUUACUCGCACCCUUGCACACCGUGACAUUUUGCAGUUCUGGAAUCUUUUGCAUGGUCAAAUAUGGCCAAACUUCGCAGAGGCACUACCAUUUCAAUCUAUGUGGGUUUCUAUUGCGUCUCCGUCGCGAGCGGCUUGUCAUGCAAUAGCGCUUGAAACGAUGUUGCGUACCCACCUUCGCUCAGCUUCUUACACCCUCAAUCGCCAACAUCUUCAAAUGACUAUGCCAUUGAAGAUUCAGUAUUCGCAAGGUACAAUGGUCUGGAUCCACCUGAGAUGUCGAGGUACGCCAGCAUAUUCGGCUGACCAAGCCUCGAUAGGUCAGCGUUGGCGCGUUACCGUAUAUGGAGAGCAUCCGCUCCCAUCGCUCUCGCGUCAUGACACGGCGAGUCUCUGCGCGUACGAAAUGGGCAGGCAGACCGUGCUAUGGGUAAGCCCUGUGGUCCCAUGGUCAGAACUCAAAAGUUUCGCGAGCUGCUUUUCGAGCCCCCCACUAUCUCCCACUAUCUCCACAGCUCGUAAUAUCCUUCAAUUAUGUCCCUGACACCACCGGAGCCUGUGCUCCUUAAACCAGAUCACAACCUCAGCCAUCCGAGUAGCUCUGCACGAGAUUCUGUGACAUUUGUGGCGUCUUCGACCCUCGAUCGAGAAGGAGAUGAGGACGUGCAAUCGGAGUUUCGUCACGAGGCAUAUGGUCCUCAGCCAGGAGAGGAAGGCUGGGAUAAGUUCGAAGUGCGAUUCGAACCGGACGAAUUGGCGAACCCACACAACUGGUCGCGAGCGAAGCGUUGGUAUAUGACUUCGGUCGCAGGCCUUCUGGUUCUGAACGCCACCUUUGCGAGCUCGGCGCCCUCAGGUAUGAUUGUUCAACUGGAGGAACACUUCGGUUUCGGACGAGAAGUUGGUACCCUUCUCAUCGCACUCUUCGUUGCGGGUUAUUGCGUCGGACCAUUAUUGUGGGGACCGCUAUCCGAGCAAUACGGUCGAAGGCCGAUAUUCUUAAUCACAUUUUUCGUUUACACGUGCUUCCAAGUGGGUUGUGCACUUUCACCCAAUACGGCGGCCAUCCUCAUCUUUCGGUUCCUCGGAGGUGUUUUCGCAGCUGCGCCUCUCACAAAUAGCGGUGCGCUCAUAUCUGAUUUGUGGGAUCCGGAUACAAGAGGGAAGGCUCUUGGUGUCUUUACUUUAGGACCCUUUGCUGGGCCAUCCGUCUCGCCUCUCAUUAGCGGAUUCAUGGCUGUCGCUGGUGUCUCAUGGAGAUGGAUAUUCUGGCUUUUGGCUUUCUUCGCUGUAGCCCCAUCUCUACGCAUCCCAUACGUAUCUUAUGCAAUCAUUUCCAGCCCUAUCCUGUUGGUCCGGAAAGCGGAGAAGCUAAGGAAGGACACUGGAGACUCGCGAUAUUGGGCACCUCUGGAAAGGCAACACGUUGGAUUCGUAAGACGUGCGAAGGACGUUGUGUACAGGCCGUUCAAAAUCUUGUUCACUGAGCCCAUGCUCCUUGCUAUCAGCCUCUACAUGAGUUUCGUAUACGGUUGCCUAUACCUCCUUUUCGAAGCGUACCCUGUUGUCUUCACCGAUGGCCAUCACUUCAAUCCAGGUAUCUCUGGAUUGAUGUUCCUACCUAUCCUCGUCGGCGGUGUAUCUGGCGUCAUCUGCUACCUCCUCAUUUGGAAUCCUCGUUACGUCAAAGCAGUAGAGCAGUUUAAGCCCAACCCUGUGCCUCCAGAAUACCGUUUGGAACAAUGCAUGGCGGCAGCACCUCUUUUUGCGAUAUCGUUCUUCUGGUUCGGAUGGACAUCAUAUCCGAGCGUAUCGUAUUGGGCACCGAUGAUGGCAGGGCUCGUCAUGGGCUUUUCCAUCAUCUGGAUAUUCCUUGGAUUGUUCAAUUACAUCAUUGAUGCAUACCUUUUCGUCGCCGCCAGUGCACUCGCAGGAAGUACCGUCAUGCGAUCAUGUUUCGGUGCUAGCUUCCCAUUGUUCGCCACACAGAUGUACGAAGGCCUCAAUCCGAGAUGGGCUUCAACACUGUUGGGACUUCUUUCCACUUUGAUGGCACCAAUACCGUUCGUGUUAUUCAAAUAUGGACAUGUCUUGAGGAGGCAUUCAAAGUUUGCGCCAACACCUCCGGAGAUCGUGGUUGAAGAGCAGAAGAAGGAUGUUGAGUCUCAAUAGAAGCUUGCUUUCAUUGGCUCGGCGGACUGAUGGUUGCGUCUGCUCGAGUUUUGCCAUCGUUUUUGGGACUGUGGACUGUGGAAUUUGGGUUGGAAUGCUCUUUACACCUCUUAUUUAUAUCCUAAUCCCCGCUCGCUCUUUUGCUAUUGGUAUACACUGUAGCUGUAGUACAUGAUCUGUAGUACCAUUAUACCAUCGGAAUGUUGUAGAGUUAUACCUUAACGAAACAGAGUAAUCAGAAAUGUAUUUCAAUCUAGUGCAAUCCUGAAUUUAGCUUGAAUGUUGUCAGAGAGGCAUCUCGGCCUUCCUAGGAAUUUCAAAUUGUG